CUCUUCCAGGGGGAAGAAAAGGGGUGGGGGGGGGGGUGCAUACCUGUGGGGAGAGACAGAGUGGGAAACUGACAAGUGAGAAUUUGCAUAAAAGAGAAAAUUGACAGCAAGAGAGACCUAGCAGGGUGCAAGAUUUUUCCCCCUUCCAUCUACCAGAGACUAGACACUGUUGGAAGAAGCUGCUUCACAGGGAAGGUAUGCAGGAGAAUUCAAAGGACGUGACGCCUCUGGGUGGGGGUUGUGCAAAUGAUGGCAGAAAUGGAAAUUGUCACUUGGAAGUCUCCAGGCAAGAGAAGCUAUGUAUGUCUGAUGGAACAGCCAGAGGAAAUUCUUCUAAAAGUCUUUCAGCUUCUAGGAGACCACAUGGGCCAUGGAGGAAAGAGGAAAAUAGCCUGAAAAAGAGAGAAAUUGAUUCUACUGCUUGCUGGGAAACUGGAAUUGCAGGCCAAGGAGGAAUUUGUGAAGGUAAAAGACAGGAAAUGUUAACACAGUUGGGAGACCGCUCAGACCUCACUGCAUCUAGCAGGACUCAGAUGGAGGAGAAAAUAUACCAAUGCUUAUAUUGUGGGAAGUCCUUCAAUGCUCACUUUAAACUCAUUAGACAUCACCGAAUCCACACGGGAGAGAAACCAUAUAAGUGUUUGGAUUGUGGUAAAAGCUUUGACCAGAAGGGAAACCUUAUUGCCCAUGCAAGAAUCCACACAGGAGAGAAACCAUAUGUGUGUUCUGAUUGUGGGAAGAGCUUCAGCCAUAAAGGAAGCCUUGUUUUGCAUGUGAGAAUCCACACUGGAGAGAAACCCUACAACUGCCCCAACUGUGGAAAAAGCUUCAGCCGGUCAGGGUCCCUUAAAGAGCAUGAGAAAACCCACACAGGAGAGAGACCGUAUACAUGUUUAGACUGUGGGAGGAGCUUCCGGAAAAUCUCUGAGCUUAUGACGCAUCACAGAUUCCAUACAGGAGAGAAACCAUUUAAAUGUUUGGGUUGUGAAAAAUCCUUUACUACCAGCUCUAAUCUUAUUGCACAUCAAAGAAUCCACACAGGAGAAAAACCAUAUAAAUGUUCUGAGUGUGGGAAGAGGUUCAGCCAGGCUGGAAACCUGAAGGAACAUGAGAGAACUCACACUGGCGAGAAACCAUAUCAAUGCCCAGAAUGUGGGAAAAGCUUCAGACAAAUCUCUUACUUUAUUAAACAUCACCAAAUACAUCUUGCGGAUGAGGAUGUGCACAUGGAAGAAAAACCACACAAAUGCACGGACUGUGGAAAAAGUUUUGGUGAGAAAGCAAGCCUCAUCAGACACCAGAGAAUCCACACAGGAGAGAAACCCUUUCAGUGCUCAGACUGUGGCAAAAGUUUCUGUUUGAAGUCCAAUCUUGUUGUACAUGUGAGAAUCCAUACAGGGGAGAAACCCUACAAAUGUUCAGAAUGUGGAAAAAACUUCAACCAGACAUCGAGCCUCCAUAACCAUGAGAGGACCCACAAAGGGGAGGAACCCUAUAAAUGCUUAGUCUGUGAGAAAAGCUUUAACCGUCCAUCACAGCUUAAAACCCAUGAGAGAACCCACACCGGUGAGAAGCCAUACAUGUGCUCAGAAUGUGGAAAGGGCUUUAUUUACAACCAUCACCUUGUCAGACAUCAGAAAAAUCACACUGGAAAUAAGCCAUAUAAAGGCUCUGAGGGUGGGAAAGGAUUUGGUCUGAAAUUGACUUUUAUUAAGCACCAAAACAUUCAUGUAAGAGAGAAACCAUAGCAAAGCUGUCGGUAAAUUUAGUAAAACAUGUGAGAAUCUGUGCCAGUGUCAGAACUUGAACUCACAGUAAGUCCUGACUGUCAAGACUGUCAACCUUUGUUGCCACUAUUCCAUUCUGCUUAAAAACAACAAGAAAGUAUCACUAAUACAAGGAAUGUUAAUCUAGGACAUUUUACUAGCUACUUAAACCAACUUUAAAUUGCAACAGUUUGGCUCAUUAAUAUGUAAAAAUAAAAAAUCUUUACUCCA